AUGGGGACUAGCGUGCAUUACGUGUCUCCCGGAUGUACCGGGAUUGCUCAGUCUCUGGAUGUCGGAGUGAUGGCGCCGCUGAAGACACGCCUGCUGCAGACGUGUGGACAAGCUGCCGUACUAAACACAUUACCAGAGAACUCCGCGGAGCGCAGACGCUACAUGUUCAACCACGCAAUGCUCGCUCUCGGCAAAAUUACACCCAAUAUCAAGUGCGGUUAUUUCGGAAAGAAGCAACAAUGUCUGGUGCUGGUCAGCAGGGACAACAACAAGCAGCUGGUCAACAAGGAGGAGCUCAACCUGGGGGUGUAG